AUGUCAAUGUGGAGAUGGAUCUGCUCAAUCAGCUUGAGUUCCGCCAAUCUCUUACACCUGAACAUGAUUGUCCCCUCACUCCAUUACUUCGACCAUCUGCACAACCUGAAGAGCACAACUUUUCUGUGCCACCAUCAUGACGAUGACGAGGCUGACUCUGCUUCCGGACAGCCCGAGUUGAUGCUACCAGAUGCUCGGCGGCCUGAUCACGGAAGCUACAUUGACCAUGUGCUAGCUGAAGAGGAUGAAAAAGAUGAAGAAGACGAACCUCACAGGCCUUCUGAGCUCAACGAGCCUGUGUUCACUACGAGCCACCACAUCAAAGAUCUUGAAACUGCACAGCAGUUUAUCACAGCUCUUCAAGAUGCUGCCCUCGAAACUGACCUAUCGUCUGCUGUCAUAGAACGCCUUCGCCAUCCUCCACAAGAGGCUUUAGAGCUUGAAGACGCUACCGAGCGCCUUUCGAUCGAAGUUUACUUGGGCCUCGAGAAUGCUUCGCAACACCACUACCAUAUUAUUUGUGACGCUAUCUUGCGCUUUGAUCCAAGCUGUGAGAUGCUUUCAUUUGAUGCAGUCAAGCGCCGCAUUGAAGAGCUUAGUGGUAUUGUUCCUGUCUAUCAUGACAUGUGCUUUGACAGCUGUGUCAGCUUCACGGGGCCGUUUGAAGACCUUGAGCAGUGCCCAAUGUGCUCAAAGCAUUGCUACGACCAAGCCGAACAUGCACGCUCCAGCAAGAAAGUUCCUGUCAAGCGUUUCCUUACGAAUUGUAUGGGACCUGCUAUUCAAGCAAUGUGGCGCUCUUCCAUUGGUGCAGAGGGUAUGAGCUAUCGUGCACGUUGUACUGCCAAGAUCAUGAAGGAGAUAACGCGGCAGGCUGAACACCAAGAUGGCAACUUCGAGUUCUCUCCUCCUGAGCUUGACAACUAUAUACACGGCACGGACUAUCUCGAAGCUGCCCUCAAUGGGUUCAUUGGUGAAGACGACACGGUUCUUAUGCUCUCGCUUGAUGGUGCACAGCUUUAUUGCAACAAGACAUUUGAUGUUUGGAUAUACAUCUGGGUUCUCAUGGACCGCAGCCCUGAUACCUGCUACAAGAAGCAGAACGUCUAUGUUGGCGGCGUCAUUCCUGGCCCCAACAAGCCAAAGAAUAUUGACUCAUUUUUGUUUCCAGGCUUCCGCCAUCUUGCCGCCCUUAUGAAAGAAGGCCUCGUGGUUUGGAAUGGUGCUACGCAGCGGCUCUUUUGCUCAGACCCAUAUAUCAUUGCCUUCGGAGCAGAUCAAAUUGGCAUGACGCAGAUGACAGGCCUUGUUGGACACCAUGGUCGCUUUGGCCAUCGGCUCUACUGCCCUUUUCCUGGACGGUGCAAAGAUAGGAGCGGCCACUACUUUCAGGCAACUCAACUUCCACACAAUCAUCGCGUCAACAAUUCUGAUCAUCCUGAUGUCAAUGUUGGUGUCCUUAUUAACGAGACAUAUGCAGAGAAGACUCACUGA